AUGGCAUUCAAAGAAAAAGAGAUUGAUGUUCGAUCUCUUGAUGCUCAUAUGCUGUCUUCCAAUGAUGCUGGUAAAAGAAAUGAGACAAAAGCUUGUGGCAUUAGGUUUAUCAAGAUCGAGGGAAGCAGUGAUCAAACUUACGAAGCUUACCUUAACCAACCGGAGAGUUUGAAUUCCUGGGGAGAUGUUAUUUUAUCAGCAGGAGCAUUAGGCUGUCCCCAGAUCCUAAUGUUAAGUGGCAUAGGGCCAGAAAAGCAUCUCAAGAAUUUCAAUCUCUCACUUGUGUUAGAUUUGAAAGGAGUUGGCCAAGAGAUGAAAGACUGCCCAGCCAUUGCCCUUCUAGCAGACACAAAAGCAGAAUAUCAAGUCACAGGCAUUGCAAAAGACUUCAAAUUCAUAGUCCAGGGAGGAAUUUUACCAAUAAGCUUCAAUGCAACAAGGAUGCCAAUUGCAAUAAAGCUUGCAUUUCCAGAAUCUGAAGGGAAACUGAAAUUGAGCAGCACAGAUCCCAGGCAAAACCCUUCAGUGCAAUUCAACUAUCUAUCAAAGGAAGAAGACAUGGAUGAAUGCAUUGAAAUGUCUCAAUUGCUUGAAAGGGUAACAAGAUCUAAGUCUGUUACUCUGUUCCUGAAGACUGUACCACAGAAUAAUUUGAUGUCCACUCCUGAUGAGCUGAGAAAUUUCUGCAAGAACAAUGUUAGAACCUAUUAUCAUUACCACGGUGGUUGCACCGUUGGAUCAGUUGAUAAAGAUUACAAAGUCUAUGGAAUUAAGGGCUUGAGAGUAAUAGAAGGCUCAACUUUCUUGGAAUCCCUAGGCACAAAUCCAAUGGCUACCCUGUUAAUGCUGGGAAGAUAUCAAGGGAUCAAGAUUCUAAGAGAGCGAGAGAUUGCUUCUCUAUUUCCUAAUCAACAACAUCCAUAGCAAAGUCUUAACUUCUACCAAUAUACUUGUAACCAUUAAAGAAUGUGAAAACUGUCAACUUGCUGCAAAACCCAGUUGUUGGAAUCAAUUCAAUGUAACUAAGCUUCAUUUCAUUUUA